AUGUCAGACAUCCUCGCGGCUCUGGGUUCCGAGAGCGACAGCGACUACGACAGCAACACGGACUCAGACUCGGAGUCGGGCUCUGAGCUUGGGACUGACCAAAAUGGACAGCUCUCCUUGUCAGAGCGCGAGACGACGCCUGAUGAGGAUGCGGAUGGAGACUCUUCUGAAGGUGACGCUGGUGACGAUCCGUUGGGUGUGGGUGGUUUGAAGGAGAAUGUGGGUGAUACGAUGUUUGUGAAGGGGGCGAAGGAGCAGGUUGAGUUGGGUGAGGUGACUGAAACCGUCAUUGCUUCGGUUUCUGCCCUUCAGCUUGGUGUGGAGCUUGGUGUGCUUGCUGAGAAGGAUGAGAAGAAGGAUGACACCGAGAAGAAAGAGGACGAACUGGAAGCAGAGGAACAGAUACACAUAACCGAGCCCGCUGCAGAUGAGGGGAAGAAAGAGGAAACCGUUGGGCAGGAGAACGCUGAACAGAAGAAUGAGACUGUCGACUGGGAGGAGAACGAGGGUCACGACGAGCAGAAGACCGAGGGUGACAGCGAGCUGAAGAAUAGGGAUGACAACGAGAAGGAGAGUGAGGCUCGCGGCGAGGAAUGGAACAACAGUGUCGACGAGCGCGAGAAUGAGGGCGACAACGAGCAGGAGAAAGAGGGCAACGAUGAACCGAAGAAGGAGGGAGACGACGAGCAGAAGGAUCAGGGUGAGGAUCAAAACGUUGAAGAGGAGGAGAGUAUCCUGGUCCUCCCAGUCCCUCCUCCCAUCUCACCCAUCUCACCAAUAUUUCCCAUUCCUCGCCCCGUUGCACUCACCGAACUCCCAAUCAAACCGGCUCCGUUGGCAAUUUGCGCUCCUCCCUCGCCAUCUCUGCCGACCACACCAUCUCCCCCCUCCCCCUCGCCCUCGUCGUCGUCAUGUCCGUCAUCGGCAACCAAGACACAGGGCAAAGCCAAACGCCAGCCAGAGAUCGACGCCGAAGCAGCACUCGCCACGUACCUGAAGGAGAUUGACGGAAACACAAACAGCAAUGCCUCUGAAGAUGCCCGCGAAGAGCUCCUCCAGCGCCUCCCCACAAAUCUCCCCUUCCCGCCCCCGAACGGCACAGAAAUGAAAGAGGAGAUCCUUCCUGCAACCGCUUUUGAAAGACGCCUGGUCAACAAGGAAAUGGGAUACGGUCUCGUCGCUCUGCAGAAUAUCCGCGCGGGAACGGUGAUCUUCGCCGAUCAGCUGGUGACCGUCUGGCAGGAGGAGCAGGAGUCGUGUCGGAAGAUGGACGAAGCAAAUGCAAUGAUUCGACGCAAGGCUCGGAAACACGGCAAGGAGUGGUUCAAGCAGUUCAUGGCUCUCUCACGCCCGAAGGUCAAGGAAUAUGGUAUUAUGGGCGGGAUCUGGGACGCGCACCACCUGCCAACUACCUGGUCCGGCAAGCGAGGUGGCAUCAUCGGUCUCAACCUCGCCUACAUCAACCACGGCUGUAUCCCCAAUGCUUUCAUGACCUACGAGAGCAUCUAUCCGCUCGAUAAUGAUGGAAUCCCGCAGUAUGACAAGCAACCUCAGUUGGGCCGUGCCGUCGUCCGCGCCAUCACGGAGAUCAGGGCUGGCGUGGAAAUCUGCAUCUCCUAUGGCCAGACUGCUGGGACUGCGAAGAUGCGCCAGAGCCAGACCGACUAUCAUUUUGGAUUCAAGUGUGCCUGCUGCGUGUGUGCGAAGCCCACGGAAUCGUUUGAGAAUGCACUACAUGCAUACCAGCGUCUCGAACCAGUGUUCAAUGACCGCUUUAUCAUCGCAGAUAAGCCAGCUCUCGCACUGAAGCUUGCGCUUGACCUCAUCCAGCAGCUUCGUCGGGCGUACGUAUACGACAACCGCCUCGCUAUGAUCUGGGUGAAGUGCGCCAUGAUCGCGGGUCACCACUCCGACCUUGCUCGUGCUCACUGUUUCCUCUCUCGUGCGCGGCAGUUGGUAUUCCUGUUGGAGGGGCCCAGUGGUGGUCUCUAUCGACAAAUUCGAAACUGGUGGCUAGCCCCGAGGCUCAUGCCCGGAUUCGGAGGAACCCAACGUGGCCUUAGCUCUGUUAGAGACUCGCUGAAGAUCUACCGCAGUGGUUCCGACUCGAAGCAGAUCCUGUUCAUGGUUGACGCUGCUGCGGGAGAGUACAUACGAGUUUCGAGUUACAAGAAGAUUCUCGCUGCGGCGAAGAAUGAGCAGGCUGGCGGUGAUACCGAAGGAAAAGACGAUGAAGAAAAAAACAAGGCACGUUGGGAGAUCGUCGAUGGCCUAGACCCCAUUCCACCCAAGCUGGACAUGAGGACCGAGCCUCCAAUCCAUGAGUGGUGUUCCGUCGAGAACUGUCGCUCUUGCCGUCGCACAGACCGCCGUGAGAAGAGAAUUCGAGAGUCUCGCGAGCGUCGCGAGCGUCGCAAUGGCGGAGAAAAGGAAGAGAAGGAAGCAGAAGAGGCAAAUGAGGAGGAGAAAGGGGAGGAGAAGAAAGAGAAAAAGGAAGUCUGCACCGAUCCAAAGACGGACUUUGCUCGACUCUUGCUUGAUGCCGUCGAUGUAUUCGAGCAUUCGGAUGGCGAAGCGGAGGGUAACACCGACACGAAGAACAGGAGCAAGAAGGAGAAACUCAGCAACCGUGCUCGUCGUGGCAGCAAGUGGUAUCUUGACGCUUUAAAGUACCCGCGCAUUCUUACCCCGGACUUGGACGUCAACAUUUCUCCCGUUGAUUGUGCUGCUGGUUGUAACUGUGUUGGUUUGCAGCAAGCGGAGAGCGCCGAAAGCGCGCAGAGCUCGGAGAAUCUGGAGGAAGAGCAGAAAGGGAAGAAGAAGAAGAGAAAGGGAAAGAAGAAGAACAACCACGCGGAGCCGGUGAUUCAGGACGUUGGAGGUGAGAGGAAAGUCGUCUUGGUCGAGGCGUCGGACGCGGGCGUUGGAUCUUCGGCAACAGUUGAGCAGGACUAG